UUUCCCUGAAGUAGCCACCAGGUUGACGCCAGAGUUUUCUUGAUAUUUAAACUAUCCAGGAUAUAUUUUAAUACUUUAACAGUACUAUUUAGGCUUUAUUCUUUUGAUUUUGUCGGUAUUUUUUCGUGACUUCGUUGUGUUUACGUGUGCACAAAUCUGCAGGCGUCUCCUCAGCAGGCACUUCUGCCAUAUUGGCACCGAUAAAUAUUCUUGGCACGAUCAACUGGAGUUAGCAGCUGAGAUGAUCCACAGUCUGUUCCUGAUUAAUCACUCGGGAGACAUCUUCCUGGAGAAACACUGGAAGAGUGUCAUCAGCCGGAGUGUGUGUGAUUACUUUUUCGAGGCGAAGGAGAAAGCAGUGGACCCGGAGAAUGUGCCCCCUGUCCUGCAGACCCCACACCACUAUCUCAUCAGCAUAUACAGGGGCAAGCUUUUCUUUCUGUCUGUCGUCCAGACUGAAGUCCCUCCGCUGUUUGUCAUCGAGUUCCUGCACAGAGUGGCAGACACAAUCCAGGACUACUUUGGAGAGUGCUCAGAAGGCAUAAUCAAGGACAAUGUGGUGACAGUGUACGAGCUUUUGGAAGAGAUGCUGGACAAUGGCUUUCCAUUAGCAACAGAGUCCAACGUCCUCAAAGAGAUGAUCAGGCCUCCCACCAUCCUGCGAUCGGUUGUCAAUACGCUCACAGGAGGAAGUAAUGUUGGAGAUAUGUUGCCGACAGGUCAGUUGUCCAAUGUCCCAUGGAGGCGUGCUGGUGUUAAAUACACCAAUAAUGAGGCGUAUUUUGAUGUGAUCGAGGAAAUAGAUGCCAUUCUGGACAAAUCAGGUACAACCGUAUUUGCAGAGAUCCAGGGUGUGAUUGAAGCCUGCGUGAGGCUCACUGGGAUGCCUGACCUAACUCUGUCCUUCAUGAAUCCUCGUCUCCUCGAUGACGUGAGUUUCCACCCGUGUGUGCGGUUUAAACGAUGGGAGGCGGAACGUGUCCUCUCUUUCAUCCCGCCAGAUGGAAACUUCACGCUAAUGAACUAUCACGUCAGCUCUCAAAAUCUCGUGGCCAUUCCAGUGUACGUCAAGCAGAGCAUCAGUUUCUUUGAGACGGGACCUUGUGGUCGUCUGGACAUCACGGUUGGACCCAAGCAGACCAUGGGGAAGACGGUGGAGGGCUUGAUGGUCACUAUCCACAUGCCUAAAGCUGUGCUCAGUGCCAACCUCACAGCCACACAGGGGAACUACACCUACGACCUCGCUACCAAGGUGUUGGUUUGGGACAUUGGGAAACUGAACCCUCAGAAGCUUCCUAACUUGCGAGGCAGUCUGACUACACAGGCAGGUGCCCCCAAACCUGAAGAUAACCCCUCACUCAACAUUGACCUGAAGAUACAGCAGCUCGCCAUAUCAGGUCUUAAGGUGAGUCGUCUUGACAUGUACGGAGAGAAGUACAAGCCGUUUAAAGGGGUCAAAUAUUUGACCAAAGCUGGGAAGUUCCAAGUGCGGACCUGAGUAUUGACUGUUGGAGGCCGGCUGUCAACAAUCCAAUGUGCCAAAUAGGGGGAAUGGUUACCACCCCGCUGAGGCAUCUCCUCAAUAAGUCUUAUCCUCAUUGUAAUUAAUGAAUGAUUUUGCAUUCUAACAGUUAUUUAUUAUGUGUUUGGCAUUACAUAUAUAUGACUGGAUGGUAUUUGUGACCUGUAAAGGGAAGCCUUAAUAAUCAAUGUGACCCUGUUGACAUGCUAUUAGUUUCUAUCCAGUUUAAAUGUGCUGCAUUGUGUGCACCAUUCCUCUUUCGUUUUGGACUAUUUCUGUUUUGUUUUGUUUGUUUGUUUUUUUGGUCUAACACCUUCUGAGUGUUGCCUAAGGGGAGUAUUUCCAUUGAAAAGGGACACUCGCUGCUCACCGCCUCACUGCAGCUUCUCCAACAAACCCAUACAAUCCUACUUGCAUGUUGCCUGCGAGUAAGCAGCUAUGCCUUUGAAGACCUUUUUACUAUACUUUAAUAUAUGGUAGCAAGUUUUAUAUAUAUAUAUAUAUAUAUGUUUAUUUUUGAAAAAUAUUAUCUCUUUCUGAGUAGCUGCAGUGUGUCUUGAGGCACUGUUUUUGGUGCAGGUAUUUUUGCACACAUUCACUCUUUAAUGUGGCCUUGUAAGGGUAGGUUAAGGUGCUUUGUAUUAGCACAGUACAGCACAACCUGCAUGUUUUCUGAGGCACGAGGGAAGUACAUCUUAAAAACAAAAUAUAUCUUAUAUCUAAGGUACAUAGUUUGACUAAGGGAGAGUGUACUACUCUCUACAGGGUCUAGAUGCGAGCGAAUGAUUCAGUGUUGGGAACAGUAAAAAGCACUCAGAAAUCUACAGUACAUUACGUGAUUCUCACAUAAUCUUGAAUGCAACUUCUUUACUCAGCACAAGAUUUGCACAAUCAAUUGUCCAUGUGGAAAAUACUACUUAAAACUCUUUUACGAAGUUAAAUCUGCAUUUUAGUGUAUAAGAUGUCUUAUAAAAGCUUUGAAAUUGUGUGUUUAUCUGUGCUUUUUUUUUUUGUUUUGUUUUUAGCCAGUCUAGGGAUGGCACUGUUGGCUUAUGAGUUUGGUAUAUAGGACCACCACUUUGGGCCAGACUAAAAUAUCUCAAAAACUGGAUGGAUUGCUGUGAAAUGUGGUACAGUUAUCCUGCUCAGAGGAUUAAUCUUACUGACUUUAAUUACCCCCUGAUUUGUUCUUGGUGCCACCAUGAGGUUGACUUUUGUGGUUUUGUCUUG